GAGAAUGGGUGUGCGCGUGUUACUGGAAUAACUCGAGCUUUCUCACGAUUUCUGCCGACGGUAUAUAUAUAGCAGCCUUAGGAAUGGCAGUUCUGUCGAUUUGAAGAUGGGUUCAUCGCCUUCAAAACGAAAAUCAGGAGCAAUUCCAAAUGAGAAUAAUUUGGAAUCGGCGAAAAUUAUAGAUUCUGUCGCAACUGCAAAUCCUACAUUCAAAAGAAAUGCCUUCGAUCAUACAGUUAAAGAAAGAGUGGGAACCCCAGCAAUAUCACCUGAAUUUCAAAAAAUGAUCGACAAUGUUGUCACAAUUAUGAGUGCUUUAAAUAAAGUUGAAGAUUUUGGAGAAAACGACAUAUUUUCUCAACUGAAUGAACUGAUUAAGAUUUACUACCUUUUAUCUAAAGAUCGUAUGGAAGAAUUGAAGAAAAUAUGUGAAUUGAUGAUUGAAAAGGGAUUGCUCAGUAUAUUCGUCAGAAUGUGGGAUGAAUUUCAUGUGGAUCCAGAAGAAUUUUACGCAGAUUUAAACUGUUCUAAAUUUAAUAACUUGAACAGGAUCAAAGUAAUAUUCUGGAAUUAUUCGGACAAAUGUGUAGAACUUGGCAAAGCUUGUCAUAAAGAUGGAAAAGUGAUUGAAAGAUUGAUGAAAGAAUAUACAAUUCCUCAACUAAGCGUUGAAAAUUUGAAACAACCUAGGCUUAGACACAUGAUGAAAGCUAAUCUUGGAAUACUACACAACGUUGUUCGGCUCUACAGUAAAAAUCGAGAUCUUAUCCGGAAAGAUGACGGAAUAGAUAAAAUAUUAGCUUAUGAAAAAUCUACUUAUCUCAUAAUAAAGGCGAAAAUAUUCAUUGUACUUGCGUAUUGUAUAAACGAAGAGGAAAAUAGCAAACUUAUGACUGGAAGAUCGGUGAUAUCCUUCAUCAAAGAUCUCCUGAAAUCAGCUCUGGAGUCUCCAAAUCAUGUUGCGAGAACAUAUGCAUUCUCAGCAGAAGAAACAGUUGCAGCCAUUAAUAAACUUGCUUCAAAUGAUGAUAACAAGAAAACGAUUGUGGAUGCCGGUAUAUUGCCUCAUCUAACAGAACUAUUGGAUGCUAAAACUGCCUCUGAAGAAGAACAUCUUGAAGCAGUUAAUUGUAUCUGGGCUUUGGCGUUCCACCCAGAAAACAAAGAAAAGAUCAUAGAGGAAGACGGACUUAUAGACAGUAUCAAAUCACUGAGAUCAAGGGCAGAAUGUAGCGCUAAAUUAAACAAGGCCUGCUCUAGCGCCUUGUUUGUUUUGAACCUAGAAGAGCCGUUGGAAGAACUUGACGUGAGCGGGAAAAAUAAACAGAACGUCAAGAAACAUUUAAUGCUAAGUUACAAUUGGGAAGUUCAGCAGACCAUUUUGCAGCUUCGUGAUUUCCUAAAACAAAGUGGAUAUGAAGUGUGGAUGGAUGUCGAUAAAAUGCAAGAUUCGAUACUGUCUGCUAUGGCUGACGCAGUAGAAAACGCUGCUCUCAUUAUAGUAGCAAUGUCUGAUGCUUACAAAAAUAGCAACUCAUGUCGAACAGAAGCUGAAUACGCAUAUAAACGACAGGUGCAAAUUUUACCUUUACUUUUGCAACCUGGUUACGUUGCUGAUGGAUGGCUCGGUGCGAUGGUCGGAACAAAAUUAUACGUCGAUGUUUCAAACGAGGCGAUCGAAAAUAAAUAUGGAGAUAUAAUGCAACAGAUCAAGAGUUUAACAUAUUCACAGUCGUCUAACACUGAGCGAAGUCUUGUUCCAGCCACCAGCAAAGAUACUGCUAAGACAAUUCGGCCUGUAACUGCUUAUCCAACAACAGUGAGUAGAACGACGAGUGUGGAUGGAGGAGGAAUAUCUCUAGCGAAAGCAAACAUUACUUGCAGAAAAUGGACAGUUGAAGAAGUGACAGAAUGGAUAAAAACUACAGGACUCAAAGAAAAUGGUUAUCUUCAAGACUGUGACGGUAUCGCACUCUCACAAUUAUGUAAAUUACUUCUUCGUUGCCCUGAGACUUAUUAUUCGUUGCUGAGAGAAGAACUUCAUUUGAAUUUUAAGGAGAUGUUGCUGUUUACCGAUGCAGUUGAAGAAUUAUUAUUUUCAUGAAAAUUCCUGAUUCUUGAUAAUGGAUUUUUGCGCUUAAUUUGUUUUAUUUUUGUUUAGUUGAUUUGUAAAAAUGGUACAUCUGACAAAAGCAUAUUUUUAUAUUUAAUCUUACAGUAUUUUUACAAUAUUUCAAAAAAUCGUAUAUAUAUUUUUAGAGUACAGAAAACCUUUUUUAUACCUUAUUUUUGAGUCUAU